AUGGGUGAGGGAGGAUUGCAAAUAAUCUCGAAGAAGCAGAAGUUGAACAGUCAAAGUUCAACAGAAGCCAAAUUGAUUGGUGUUGAUGAUGCUGCGACACAGAUAUUGUGGACAAAAUUGUUUGUGGAAGCACAAGGUUAUCCUGUUGAAGAGAACAUCCUAUACCAGGACAACAAGAGUUCUAUUCUAUUGGAAAAGAAUGGACGUGAUAGUGCCGGAAAGCGAAGCCGAGCUUUGAACAUUCGAUAUUUCUUUAUGACUGAUCAAGUCAAGAAAGGAAAUGUAACAAAGGGAAUGCACCUGACGCUGAGUGCAAAAGAUUUACGAACUUUCAAAUGGUACAUUGAUGCAUCAUUUGCAGUUCAUGCAGAUUUCAGAAGUCACACUGGAGGUGUAUUGACUAUGCCAUAG